CUCUUCCUUCCCCUCCCUCCCCGCUCCUCGAGCGCCAGCCAAGGGGGUGUGUGCGCCGGGCCGGGAAACUACAUCCCCCAGCAGCCUCCGGUCCCCUCCGGAGUGUCAGCUUCAUGCUGCAGCCAGGGAAUUUAAAACAAAAGAGUUUCCCCCUCUCUUUCUCGCUGCCUCCCCUCCGGCUCUCCCCAGCCUCCCUGCCCCUGCCCCUGCCUCCCGCGCCCGCCGCCGGCUCUUUUGUGCGCUGCGGGGCGGGGGGGCGGCCGGGAUCCACCUCGGCGCGGAGCUCAGGUUACAGGGAGAGGCAGGGAGAAAGGGGCUUGGCCAGGCGGAGGGGAGGUGGGCGGAGGGUCGCCGCUUCUCUCUCUCCCUCUGUCUCUUUCUUUCCCUCUGUCUUUUUUUUUUCCCUCUCCCUCCCUCCCGAGCUCUUUGUUCCCCCCCAGCCCUCCCCUCCUCUCCCCCCCCCCUCCCCAACCAGCCCCCCUCGCAGCCUUUGUUAGCCAUGCCUAGCCUGGUAGUAUCGGGGAUAAUGGAAAGGAACGGGGGCUUCAGUGAGCUGGGCUGCUUCGCGGCGAGCAGCAAGGAGCGCACGCUGCUGGAGGACGACCGCGCGCUGCAGCUCGCCCUGGACCAGCUCUGCCUGCUCGGGCUCGGCGAGCCGGGCGCGCCCGCCGGGGCGGCGGGGGACGACAGCAGCGCCAGCCACACGCCCGUCGAGCCGCAGCCGCCGGCGCCCGCGCCCACGCCCGCCUCCACCCCCGGCCCCCCGCCGCCCGCCCCGGCGCCGCCGCCGCCCCCGCCGCUGCCGGGCCUCGGCGCGCCCAAGGGCGGCGGAGGGGCCGGCGGAGCCCCGGCCGCCCCCCCCAGCGCCGCCGCCGCCGCCCCCAGCGCCCCCGGCCCGGCCGACGCCAAGUUGUGCGCGCUCUACAAGGAGGCCGAGCUGCGGCUCAAGAGCAGCUCCAACACCACCGAGUGCGUGCCCGUGCCCAGCUCCGAGCACGUGGCCGAGAUCGUGGGCCGCCAGGGCUGCAAGAUCAAGGCGCUAAGGGCCAAGACCAACACGUACAUCAAGACCCCAGUGCGCGGCGAGGAGCCGGUCUUCAUGGUGACGGGGCGGCGGGAGGACGUUGCCAUGGCCAGGCGGGAGAUCAUCUCGGCCGCUGAGCACUUCUCCAUGAUCCGGGCAUCUCGCAACAAGGCCGGCACCACCUUCGGCAGUGCCCCGACCCUGCCGGGCCAGGUCACCAUCCGGGUGCGCGUGCCGUACCGUGUGGUGGGCCUAGUGGUCGGCCCCAAAGGUGCCACCAUCAAGCGAAUCCAGCAGCAAACCAACACCUACAUCAUCACACCCAGCCGGGACCGGGACCCCGUGUUCGAGAUCACGGGGGCGCCGGGCAACGUGGAGCGGGCCCGGGAGGAGAUCGAGACCCACAUCGCCGUGAGGACAGGCAAGAUUCUGGAGUACAACAACGAGAACGACUUCCUGUCCAGCAGCCCCGACUCGGGCAUGGAGAACCGCUACUCGGAGGCAUGGCGGGUCCACACGCCUGCCCCGGGCUGCAAGCCGCUCUCCACCUUCCGCCAGAACAGCCUGGGCUGCAUCGGUGACUGCUCCGUGGACCCCAUCUACGAGACGCCGCGGCUCAACGACCAAAACGACUUCAAUUACGGUUACCUCUUCCCCAACUACGGAGUGAGCAAGCAAGAUCUGUAUUACGGGGUGCCGGAUUCCAGCACCCCAAUGUGGGCCGGGCAGGAGAACACCAACCCCGUGUCCGUGCUCUUCUCCAAGCAGCAGCGGUCGGGGAGCACCGGGGCCAUCCACCCCAACUCCCACCGCUCCCCAUCCUCGUCCAUCCAGGAGCCCAACCUCUCCAGCCUGCCCAGGAGGUCGCAAGGGGAACCCUUGCAAGGCUUCUCCAAGCUGGGCACCAGCACCGUGGCCCGGACGGCCGUCUCCAGCAGCCGGGAGUGCAUGGUGUGCUUCGAAAGCGAAGUCACGGCCGCCCUUGUGCCCUGCGGCCACAACCUCUUCUGCAUGGAGUGCGCCGUGCGGAUCUGUGAGCGGACCGACCCCGAGUGCCCCGUUUGCCACGCGGCAGCCACUCAGGCCAUUAGAAUAUUUUCUUAAAGAGACAGGACGGGGCAUGGGGUGGGGCAAAAAAAGGGGUGGGCGGGGCUUCCAAGAUAAAUAAAUAACUAAAUAAAAGAGGAGGAGGAAGAAGGUGGUCCAGUAAUACAAGUGACAUCCGAAGACCGAACAAAAGGAGAGAGUAAAAAAAAAAAUAAUUAAUUUAAAGAGGAACAAGAAAGAAGAAGAAAUUAUUUUACGAGCAAUGUAGGUUAUUUUUACAAAAAAAAAUUAAUAAAGAAAAAGGUGAUUAUUAUUAAGAAUAAGAAGAAUAAAAUGAAAAUGAAUAGAAAAGCCAGAAAUUUCCAAGGGGCAGAUGAUGUCCCGGCCUGCAAGAAACCAGGACUCUGAACGCACAGAUGGAAAAAAAAAAAACCAACAAAAGAAAAACGUGGUUUUGUUCCAAUUUGGGUUGUUUUCUUUUGGUUUUGGCAGUGAGGUGGGACUCUCGGCUUUUCCAUCGACCGAGCUGGGGGUGGGGGGGUCAUGCUUGAUGUCAGCUUGGUCUGAAGCUGCCCCCGGCUCCCUCGCUCCCUCCCCACCCCUGGGGAUAUGAACCUGACGAGUGUAUGAAAACUCAGUGGAAGAAUCAAAGUGGAAAGAAAAGGAAAAAAAAAAGGAUGAUGGGGAACGAAUGAAAAGGCAAAACCAUCGACCUCUGGGAACCUGUUAGAGUGAGGGCACAACUGUAUUACCUCAAAGAUUUAAACAAAAAAUGACACAGCAGCUAAAGAACUUUUAUUAUUUUCUGUUUUUUUUUCCUAAAAAAAAAAAAAAAGAAGAAAAUCAGAAAAAAAAAAAUAGAGAAAUGAAUGAAAACGAUGACGCCGGUGAAACUGAAGAACUUAUUGGAGUCGCACUGGGUGCCGUGAGUUUAUAUUCGUAUUCUGAGCCAACGCAGAGUUUGGAACUAGGUUACUUUUUUUUCCUUCUCCAAGCAGGGAUGUCUUCAUCACCCGAAUCAGGAGUCGCUAACAGGGUAUUUCAAAAGCAGUUGCGUGCUCCCAUCCAAGGGGGGAAUAUGCUGACUUCCACGUUUCCAUACUUCACUCUCCAAGCAAUGCCAGCUGCAGCCGCACACACACACACAAGUGAGGCUGUGCUUUUCUGUUCUUAAAAAUAUAGAGAUAUAUAUAUUUCGCACCAAAACCUAAGAAAGACGAUCAUGCAAUACCGGCCAUGCGCCCUCAGCAAGCCAACACACAUCCUGACAGACAGCAAAAAAAAAAAAAUAAUAAUAAAGAAACCGAGUUUAUAGAUAUAAUUUUCUUGUCGUUUUUAAACUGGACCAAAACUUUUGUUACCCAAAACCAAGUAGGGAAAAUAAUAAAAAAAGAAGAAGAAGAAAGUAUUUCUUUAUGGACCAAAAACCUCUUCAAUUUCCUUAACCCGGAUCUCCAGAGGUUGCCGCUUUUAUAUAUUAUAUUUUUUCCAGAACAAAACAAAACACAAAAAAAAAGAAUCUGAAUUGCCUUGUUGAAUCAUGUCAAGACUCCUGGUUUUGUUCAAUCAGAUACUUUUUGAGCCACUGGGAUGUUGGGGAGAUGGGCUUCAAAGCUGGCUUUGGUUGCAGGCAUCAGCCAGCAUCUUAACCUAGGCAGGUUUGAUCAACCUCGGAUGCCAAAGGGGCACGGCGGCAAAGUUACGCGUGUUCGAUUAACCCACCCGAGUACCUCUAGGGCGAGGCACGUCACUCCCCAGCACCUCGGCAGGCGUGCGUGUGCACUCACACGCGCUCCCACACCUGUUCUUCGCUUGGUCCCCUCCUUCCCUCUCCCCCACCAGCUUCUACUCACAGCUCCGGACCCUCGCCUGGAACCACCAACCAAAAAAGCUUUGCGACUCGGGACGGAGACGGUUCCACCGCCACGGCAGGAGUAGCCCGAGAUGAGUGUUUUUUGCCCCUCAAGUUCCAGGAGAUGGUGGGUUUCGUCACGACGUGUUCUCCAGGAAGAGCCCGUCUUCCUCCCGACGGCGGUCUGGGCCCUGCCGUCUGUUCGGGAGGCGCCCGCAGUCGAAAUCCCGGCACUGUUCAAGAGCCUUCUCCGGAGAGCAGGCACAAGGCGCUGGGUUAGCAUUGGAGGGGGUGGGCGGAGGGAGUAUAUUGUCUGGGUGGAUGUGGAUGGAAAAGGUUGUGCCAACCCCAGCUUUAGUGGAUGGGAGGCAGCCUCCUUCUCCAUCACCCCACUGGUGAAAACACUGCUGCCAAACAACAGCCGUCACCUUUUAGGCCUGGCGGGCGCCACACCGGUGAUGGAGAAACAGGGCCGCGGAUGCCCGUAGGGGCAGGAGCUGGCUCCCACAUCCGCCUCCACGGGCUCCAUCCCGUUCAUAUGCUUGGGGGACAAGCCCGUCUCCCCAUGCACAGCCGUGAGAUCCACAGCUUCAAGGUCUGGGCCUGUCUGCCCGUGUCCUGUCUAACACGGGUCCAGUUAUUGCUUGAUGUCGAGGUUGGUUUCACGUCUGGGAGGGGUGGGGAAGGAAAGACGAGAAAGGAGGGGGAAAAAAGCCGUUUUCCUUUGUUUUUUCUUGGUUCCUCGAGGGUUGGGUUUGAACUUUCCAUCUCUGUGCAGAAUUGUCCCCUUGAUGUCAAGAGUGCGGGUGGGGGGAAGGCUGGUAGGGUCGAGACCACCCCUCCAUAGGGGCGUUCAGAUAUGUCUGUGUUGGCCGCGGACAGGGUCAGGCCGGGAUGGCGCCUGGCCCAAGUCCCGCGGGGCUGAUCUGUGAGUAGCGUGGCUCGUAGUCGCUGGCAAAGUGAAGUCUGUCCGUGGUAACGUGAGCGCGUUUUUGAUCCAUGUUUUUCUGGGAUGCCAGGUUGGGGCAGGGGAGGGGGCGGGGGUGGGGGACGACCACCCGGAUGGGGUAAAUCGGGGUGGGUCGGGGUAUAUUCUAGCACUGACCCUAGGAAGGGAGGGGAGGGAGGGUUACAGAAGGGGCGCUAGCGUCGCUCCCCUUUCCAUCUCCCCUUUCCCGGGAUAAAGCAACGUAAAAGCCUCCUGCAUGCCAAGAACGGUCGGGAAAACCUUUCUAAGAUAAAUAUAUAUAUAUAUAUACACACACACACACACAUAUAUAUAUAUAUAUUUUUAUUUUUUUUUUAAAAAGGGAUAACGACCCAAACAAACGUCCGAGCUUUGGACCGGCCGGCCGGCUGUCUGUCCGGACAGCCAGCAGUCUGUCUGCGCCUGCAGCCAGCCGUCCAGCCCGGUCUGCAAGCUGGCUUUUAAUUAAACCUUUCGUUCCAAUACCCUAUAUAUAUAUGAAUAUAUAUGACUAUAUAUAUAUACAUAUAUACAUAUGUUACGAGAAAGCUUGAUGUAGCAGUUCUAGUUUAAACUGAAUAGCAGUAUUCCACCCCCCCCACCCCCGUUUUUAUUACUGCUCCCUCCCUGCCCCCUCCUACCCCCCUUUGUAUUUUGACGUAGCAACUUUGGAAGAAAGAAAAGUGGCCACGGUAAAGUCACCAAGAGCUACCUCUGGGUUGAGGGGGGGCUGCACUCAUGGAGACAGGGGGAGGCAGUUCCCUGCUGGACCCCCCCUUGCUGUCCAGUAGAGGGGAGGGGGGUCCAGACUUUGUGGGGAGGUCUCUGUCCCUGCCUUCUAGCAGCCCCCCUGGCUUGCCGCACUCGUUUUUCUUUCUCCACAUAUGUAAAUAUCUACAAAAA